AUGAAUUAUUCACAAAAAUGUUGGUCAGAAAGGCAUCAAAUUUUAUCGGGUUCUGUGCUAGAAAUGAUUAUAUUUACUUUAUUUUUUCCACCAAUUUGUAUUUUUGGUAUUGUUGGAAAUAUAUUAAAUUUGAUGGUACUUUUAAGUUCACAAAUGAAAUCAAGGGCAAAUACUCUACUGGCAUGUCUUGCGCUUUGCGAUAUUGUUUUUUUGAUACUUAUGAUACCACAUUCACUAGCAAAUUUUGAUAUAUUUGCAUUCAAUUACUAUUUUCGAUUAUAUUAUUUGAGUGCAAGAAUUCAUCUAAUUACGCUCGCGAAUUGGACAUCUGCAGUUGCAAUUUGGUUUACUGUUUGUGUUGAGAGAGUAAUGGGCAUAAAAUAUCCAUUUCGUACGCGCAGUCAUUGGUCAAGGACAAUUAUUGCUCUUAUAAUUUUUCUUAUUCUAUUAAUAGCUGGAAUUCUCACUUUUUAUAAUCAUUUCUCACACGUUUGCAUUAUUCGAGAGUUUUGUAAUCGAACUCAAGUUAUGGCAAAAUGUUUCGACGUUACUCUCGAUAAGUUUGCCUUUUAUAUUGUUAAGUUUGUGAUAAGAAAAGAAUUAUUUGUGAUAUUGAUAAGGAAAAAGACUACGCAUCAACGAAUCGAACAUAGGCUUGCGAUAACUGUAUGCGCUAUUGUAACGUGUUUUACAAUUACACAAGGUCCGUCUGCGAUUGUUUUAUCUAUUAACUCAUUUUCUUCGAAACGAACGCCACAUGGUCAUCCUGAAAUGGGUCUAAACUGGUACCAUCUGCAUACAAUUACUUCAUUUCUCGUUAUCGUUGGUAAAGCAUUAAAUUUCAUAUUGUUCUGCUUUAGCAGUAUUCAUUUUCGACGACAACUUAUCGGAAUAUUGAGAGCAAAAUUGAAAGGAUAUACGCAUAAACAAGCAUCAGAUAUAAGUUGUAGGUUUUUCUUUUAA